UUACCGAACUUUCAAAGCCAAGAUCGUUUUCUUUAGUUACUUCUCAUGACUUCAUGGUUGCUCAUUUCCGUCUCUUGGAGCUGAACUUCAUGUACUUGUAAGACAGUCAGGCAGAGUAGAUUUUUAUACCUUUAAACCGGUCUGUGAGUUUCUUUAUUAUAUUGUUUACUUUUUGAGCUGAGUUUUUAGAAACCAAAUGGCUGAGGCUCAACCGGGAACUUCAACCCAACCGGUUGAUUCAGGAACUGCGACUGAGACAGUUGUUGUCGACAAGAGUGAAGAACAAGAGAGCCCUCCUGUAUUACAUCUGAGGCUGCAAAAACCUAAAAAUGAUCACAAAGUGAAAUGGUCAACAGACACAGUGGACAACGAGUUCAUGGGGAAAAAGAAAUCUAAAUGUUGCUGCAUUUAUGAAAAGCCAAAAGUAUUUGGGGAGUCUGAUUCCUCAUCGUCCUCGGAUGAUUCUGAUGAUGAAGGUUGCACUCCUCACUGUCGUGGUCACAAGAAGAAAUGCUACCAACAUUCCCCCCACCCCCACAACAACGGCAGCAGCCACGAUCAUGCGGAGAGCGGUGGCCAACACCGGGAUGAUGCAGGUCCGAGCAGGGCCUGUCCGUACCCUGCAUCUCCGAGGAUGGCCUGCUGCCCUAAGGACGGACUGACCUGCAGUUUACCAGAGGCUCAACAGCUGGCUCAACCUUCGGAGGAAGGAGGAGAGGGCCAAGAUGGCUGAAUGGUGUUGUUGUACAGAACUCUCAAUCUCGUCAUUGUAGACAAUCAUCUCAUCAAUACAGGGCUCUGUCCUGGCUGGCAUAGGAAUUCUUAACUGUGUGCUAUUUAGGCUUUUGUUUGUGAUUUGGCUGUAGUGAAAAUUUUCAAGCCUUUUUUACUCAUGUGCUUUACUUAAAACCAUUUAAAGUGCUAUAGACUGCUGAAAAAAAUGUAUCUGGUCGAGGAAAGCUGUAAAAAAUGUUUACACUUACUUUGUACACUAACCUACAACAGUAUCAUUUCAUGGUUUGUGUGCUGUUGCCCAGUUGAAAAAUUCCAUUAGGUUUCUAGGUGGAAUUUAUUCUUGUAUUUCCCUUGCCAGCUGUUCAUGACCUGUAGGGCGUUCCUUUGUUCGUCCGUCAUCUUGCCUCAGGGUUGGACCAAUUUGGGUCUGAAGGGCUCUGAGGUAGUCAGCAGACUUUUUUUUUAAUACUCUCAUAACUGUCAUCAUAGUGCCAACAAAUUUUGUACCUUGUGCAUCAGUAUUGUUGCUUUAUUUCUGGGCCUGAAUAAAUCUUUGUUGUACUUUAAGAGAUCUGUGCAGCUUCAGUCUGAUGUAAGUUAUGGCUUAGAGCUUAUAGGUUACUGUUUUCUUACUGGAGUUAUUAAUUAGGUUGAAGGGCAUCGGUACAGUUGCGGUCAUAUUAUGAACUGGUUGGACGAUUUUUUAAUUCGUUUACCGAUGGGCAAGAAGAGUACAAUGAUGAAUUAGAUGCAAAUAAGUCAUUCGAAAACAAACCUAUAGCCCAGUAGGAAGAAUAAAGAAGGAAC